AUGCGUGAGGGAGAAACUCUAAAAGCAUACUCAAACAGAUAUUGGGAAAUGUAUAAUGAGAUGGACGACAACUUUGAUGACGUCGCCAUCAACACUUUUAAAAGCGGCCUCCCAACCGAGCACGGCUUAAGGAAAUCCUUGACUGGUAAGCUUGUUAUCAGUGUACGUCAACUUAUAGACCGGAUUGACAAAUAUAAAAUAGUGGAAGAGGACCAGCUGCAAGGGAAAGGAAAGGAGAAGGUUAUCUCUCAAAAGAGGAGUGAUUUCAAGUCGGACAGAUACAACAAUAACCGUCUGAGGAGAGAUUUUGCAGGGCAAUUCGGGUCAACCAACGCGCAGACGGUUAACGCUGUAUUCAGAGAACCGGUACAUCAGGUUUUGGAGAAAAUCAAGAAUGAGCCAUUCUUCAAGUUGCCGAAUAAGAUGGCUGGAGACUCCAUAAAACGUAAUCAGAAUCUAUAA